UGGAAGAUUUUAAAACCUUCGCUGCGUAAUUUCUUCCUUUUUCUUUUACUCUUUUUUUUUUCUUUUUCCAAAGGUUUGGUUUUUGCUUUUGCUUAUUUCUUAAUGGCAUCAUCGUGAUCGAUUCAUCUCUCUCUCUCUUUCUUCUCUCCUCUCUUCUUCAAUUCUUUUUAAAAACCCUAAUUUUGCGAUAUCUUAAUUUUAUUAUCUAGUCUCGAAAUCUGCACCCCACCGGAUAAAAACCCUAACUUUAUUUCUGGGUUCAACCGAUUUUGAUGGGUCGUGACUCAGUGACGACGUCGCUUGCUCCUGGGUUCCGAUUUCAUCCUACGGAUGAGGAACUCGUUCGUUACUACCUUAAGCGUAAGGUUUGUAACAAACCCUUUAAGUUUGAUGCUAUCUCCGUCACCGACAUAUACAAAUCCGAGCCUUGGGAUCUACCAGACAAGUCGAAGCUGAAAAGUAGAGACUUGGAAUGGUACUUCUUUAGUAUGUUGGAUAAGAAGUAUAGUAAUGGUUCCAAGACGAAUCGUGCGACGGAGAAAGGGUAUUGGAAGACGACUGGUAAAGAUCGGGAGAUUCGUAAUGGUUCGAGAGUCGUGGGGAUGAAGAAGACACUUGUUUAUCACAAGGGUCGAGCUCCUCGUGGUGAAAGGACCAACUGGGUUAUGCAUGAGUAUCGGCUCUCUGAUGAGGACUUGAAGAGAGCUGGUGUGCCGCAAAAGGAAGCAUAUGUGUUAUGUAGGAUAUUUCAGAAGAGUGGUACUGGGCCUAAGAAUGGGGAGCAGUACGGUGCUCCGUUCCUUGAGGAGGAGUGGGAAGAAGAUGCAAUGACGUAUGUACCUGAUCAAGAUGCUUUUAGUGAAGGAUUGGCUGUUGAUGACGAUGUCUAUGUCGACAUUGAUGAAAUUGAUGAGAAGCCUGAAAAUCUGGUGAUCUAUGAUGCUGUUCCUAUUCUACCCAACUAUUGUCAUGGAGAAUCAAGCAACAAUGUUGAAUCAGGCAAUCACUCAGACUCUGGAAAUUACAUUCAACCAGGAAACUACGUUGUCGACUCUGGUGGCUACUUUGAACAACCAAUUGAAACUUUUGAGGAAGAUAAGAAGCCUAUCAUACGGGAUGGUAGCAUACAGCCUUGUUCUCUAUUUCCGGAGGAACAUAUUGACUGUGGCGUGCAAGACGAGAAUGCGGUGAAUCUGGACUCAUCCAACAAUAAUGUGUUUGUUGCUGCUGAUACAUGUUACAGUGACGUUCCUAUUGAUACUAACUAUUUGCCUGAUGAGCCGUUCAUGGAUCCUAACAACAGUCUUCCACUCAACGAUGGUCUGUACCUGGAAACGAAUGAUCUCAGCAUUGCUCAACAAGAUGAUUUUAACUUCGAAGAUUAUCUUAAUGAUUUUAACUUUGACGAAGAUGGUUUUACUCUUGAUGAUCCUGAAUUAGAUGCUCUCCUCGACCAAAAACCUGCCCCUGAAGAAUUGGAGAAGGAGGUCGCAGAAGGCAAGGAGAUGGUGGAGAAAAAGGAUAGUGGUGAAGGAUCUUCCUCAAAACAAGAUGCAGAUCUCACGGACUUUGAUUCAGCUUCAAAGUACCCUUUUCUCAAAAAGACAAGCCACAUGCUUGGAUCUAUUCCUGCUCCAUCUUCAUUUGCUUCACAGUUCAAAUCAAAGGACGCAGCAAUCAGGCUACACUCAGAAUCUUCUGGUUCAGUUCACGUGACUGCAGGUAUGAUCAGAAUAUCAAACAUGACUCUAGCAGCGGAUAGCAGUAUGGGCUGGUCAUAUGACAAGAACGGUAACCUCAACGUAAUCCUUUCAUUUGGAGUGGUCCAACGGGAUGAUGAGCUAAAUGCCACGGGAAGUAAGACAGGAACUACGGAGACAAGAGCUAUGUUGAUCUUCAUGUGUUUAUGGGUUCUCGUACUCUCUGUUAGCUUCAAAAUAGGAACCAUGGUCUCUGCCCGGUAAUAGUAGCAUCAAAAGUUGAAUCGUCUCAAAAAGACUUUUUUGGUGUUUGUAUGUCUUCAAUUAUAUAGCGUUCGUUUACUCUGGCAGUGCUUUGCUGCUCAAUAUUUAUUUUUCAUCUUUUCAAGGGAUUUUGUGUAGUUUGAAAUUCUCUUUAUGAUUCCAUACAAGUGAGAAGUGACUAUACUAAGUCUUA